UAUCGUUCAUUUACCAUAAAGUUAACUUCAACAGAUAAUUUAUUUGCUUGGUUUGAUCAAUUGGCGCAAUCAUUUUUAUGGUGUUUUUCACACACACUCAACAUGCAAAUGUUAAUCUACAGUUAAAUCCACUGAGCCGGUAAUUUGGUUUCAUUUGAAAUCUAUUGUUGAAUCAACUUUGAUAAUCAACUCAUUGUAAUGUACGUCUGUUUCAUCAGGUUUUCAUUAUUAUUCAAUAUGUUUGGGAUUAUAUUACCUUUGAUUGUGUCACCUUAGUGUCAAUUAAUAAAUCAUAAUUAGUGAAAAAAGACAAAAAAUGUGACAAUUGAAAUAUUGGAAACAUUAAACCUCCCUUUGAUCAUCAUCAUCACCCUCAAUGGCUCCAUUAUAUCAUUUCAUCUCAAUUAUUGAACCAAUCAUCUCCGGCAUACACAAUUAUGAUCACGGUUGUGACAGUUAUUUGUCUUUCCAAGUCAAAUCUUCUUCUUCUUCAUCAUUAUCAUUUAUUCUCUCUCACCUCUCUAACUUAUUCACCUUUUUUACCUCUUUCUAUGUACUAUUACAAUCAAUCAGUCAAUUAUCUUAUUUACGGUAGACUAAAUUCAAGUGUUGAGGUCAGGAUAUGAAUAAGAGAGAAGACAAGAAAAGAAGCAGAAAAAUGAUAAAGUUUAUGAUUAUUUGUAGGAGAGAAGGUUGAAAAUGAUACUCAACAGGAAUUAUGACCAACCAAGGGAUCGACCAAGACUCUACCGAACUCAUUCAAUCAACCAUUUCCCCGUGCAAACACCCUCUGGACCAGAUUUGUAUUCUUAUGGAUAUUCACGAGUUGAUCCAUUGAAGAGAAAUAAACAUAAUGGAUCGGUCAGUGUUUGGACGGGCUACUCAAAUGGUGAUGAGAAUGGUGAAAGAGUCAAACUAAAUGGCCAAGUUAAUGCAAUUCGACUUCAAAGAUCUUCAUCAUUAUAUCAAAAACAGCUACUCCAUCACAAAAGCACAACUGAUGUGAACCAUAGAGGAGAGCGUGUUGUGGCUUUAAUGGUGAAAGACGAUUCACUGGUAGGCAAGAAAGUACCUUCAACAGUUAAAUGGUCUCAACCGUUGUCACUGGAUUAUUGUUAUGAUGAUAGUUCUAUCAGACACACUUCACAUGCCAUGCCUAAAGAAAGUGAACCCUCAAAGGCUAGCCUCAAGAGUCAAUCGGUCGCAUUUGAUGGAUCACAAUUUAGUGCUUCCUUAUUUAAAAGUGAAUCACGCGAUGGAGUAAUAUUUGGAUUGGUAAAAGCAAAUAAUCCUAAUUACAAUCAAUAUUCAAAUUUCACUGGAAAUAAUGAUAGUCAGCAACAUUAUUCUCGACAACAACAAAAACAAUUACCGGUCAAAUUUAAUGAAUCAAAUGUUGGAUUGAUAAACGGACAAUCAAAGCAAAUCCUGAAGCAACCAGUAAAAAGUAUCAACAGACAGCAAAAGCCAUCACCAUCAUCAUCAUCAUCAUCAUCAAGACAACGAUCAACUUUAUAUUAUUCAGCCAAUUCUUUAGCUGCUCCUUUCCCAUCACCACCUCCACCACCACCGCCACCUCUUUCAUCACUACCUCCAAUACCCUCACACCGUACUUGUAAUCCUCGAGCCUCAAUACUUAAACGAUCAAAUACAUGUUUACCACCUCGUCGGUACACAGUUAGUACAUCUGUUAAUGAUCCGUAUGACCGAUGGGCUCGACCAUCACACCGGGAAUCAAUCUAUUGCACAGCAAUUUACACACCGCCAGAAGCACCAUAUUCACUACCAACCAACUCAACAUUAAAGCCAAUAAAGAACGGACCAAAUCAGCAAAAGAUACGUGAUCCAAGUCAAUCUAAAAGUUCAUCUUCUACUCUCAUCAGCCAUGGCCGUGAUUUAAAUCGCAAAUCAAGUUGCUCCUAUUGUUUACCAUUAAAGUUAACGUCUGUUUCAGUCUCACCCACUUCAACUGCAACUCCACCGUUCACACCACCAAUAACCAAUGUAACUGUCCAAUAUCAUCGGCCCAAUGGCAGUUUAAGCAGUGGUGACAAUCAAAGUAGUAGUUGUAGUUACACCAGUUCUAGUGACCAAGUCAAAUCCAAAAGUAAAUUAAUUAAUCCAUCAACAUCAUCCUCAUCACCCUCUACUCCAUCAUCAAAAUCAACUUCAUCCUCUCAAACGACACAAACUUGUUCAUCUCUAAGUGAAAAUAAUUCCGUUAAUAGUGAAACCUCACAAUCAAACGGUAACUUUCAACCAACAUUGAAAUCAACUCUGUGUGACCAACCCAUCUCAUCUAAUGAUACUGAAUAUUCAGCUUUAUCAAACGAACAUUCAGACAAAAUUCCUCAGGAAAAUCAACCAUCUCAUAUGAGUCCAACCAUAAUUAAAGAAGUAAUGAAAAACAUGGCCAAAGGUAAAACGGCCAAAAUAACUGAUGACCAUGAGCUUAAAGAAAACGAAAAGAUAAGCACAAUAAGCCAAACAAAUGUUGAACAGAUUAAAUCAUGUAUUUCACCAAACAACCUAAAUGCCAAAGGAUUUUCAGCUAAUGAGGGACAGACAAAGGAAAACUCUGACAGUAAUGAUGAAAAUGAUAAAAACCAAGUGAACCAGCCACCCUCACCAGACAGCAGACCAUCCAAGCCUCCACGGAAACCUUGUUUUAGUGAUUCGAACGGAUUUGAACAGCAAAAUGACAAUUUAGUCGAGGAAAUAUAUUUAGCUGCCGAAUCCGAACCAGUGAUUAAAGAAGUUCAACAAUUGGAAAAUAAAACAGAGACCAACAAUUUAAGUAGAAAUGACCUUUCAUUGGCAUCUAAACAUUUUGUUGUUGUUGCCAUCGAUUUUGGGACAACUUAUUCGGGAUAUGCGUUUAGUUUCACUCGAAGUCCAGAAGCUAUUCAUAUGAUGAGGAAAUGGGAUGAUAGCUGUGAUCCUGAUGUAAAUAAUCAUAAAACACCAACCAUAUUACUACUCAAUCCUGGUGGGGAAUUUCAUGCAUUUGGAGCAGCAGCUCGAGAAGCUUAUCAUGGUUUAUCAUCUGAAGAAGCUAAAGAAUGGCUUUAUUUUGAAAAAUUUAAGAUGACUUUACACACAACCGUUCAUUUAACCAAGCAAACCCAAUUAACUGCUGCCAAUGGGAAAAAAGUUGCUGCCUUAAACGUUUUUGCUCAUAGUUUGAGAUAUUUUAAAAAUCAUGCUCUUACGGAAUUAAGUGAACAAUGUGCAACCAAAAUUGAAGAUGAAGAUGUACGCUGGGUUGUAACGGUUCCAGCUUUGUGGCGUCAAACGGCGAAACAAUUUAUGAGAAUGGCUGCCUACCAGGCUGGCCUAGCCUCACCCGAUAAUCCAAGUCAAUUGUUAAUAUCACCUGAACCUGAGGCUGCAGCCAUUUACUGCCGUAAAUUGAAGAUUAAUCAACUUAUUCCGGAAGGACCAAAUAAAUCUGGUCGACUCAGUACAAAUGGAAAUCUUUUUGACCAUGAAAAAGAUAAUAACUCUGAAAAUGAUCAAGCAAUAUCAAUCAAGAAAGGCACCCGUUAUAUGGUUGUUGAUUGUGGCGGAGGAACUGUUGAUAUAACUGUCCAUGAAAUUCAUGAUGAUUUACGUUCAUUAAAGGAGCUUCACCGUGCAACCGGUUGCCCUUUUGGCUCAACUGGUGUUGACCGUGAAUUUGAAAACCUAUUGGAGGAUAUAUUUGGUGCUAAAUUUUUAGACGAUUUUCGCAUUAAAUUACCUUCUGGUUAUGUCACUUUAAUGACUACCUUCGAAGGACGCAAAAGAGCUGCAAAUACAAUUUCAACAACUCCGUAUAAUAUUUCUUUACCCUUUUCAUUUAUUCAAUCAGUUCGUAAAUGGAAAGGGUCAGGAGUUGACUCUAUUGUUAAAAAAUAUGGUUCCACUGAUAUCUCUUUUGAUCCAAGGCUUGGCAUACUUCGUCUUUCUGCCACGAUGAUGCGUAAGCUUUUCGAGCCAACCUGUGAGAAAAUUGUUUCCCAAAUAAAUUCAAUUUUGGAAAGUAAAAACUGUUGCUCCGGUGUCUGUGAUGGAACCAAUUUGGGUUACCUUUUUUUGGUCGGUGGUUUUGCUGAAAGUCAACUUUUACAAAGCUACAUUCGAUCAGCAUUUUCUUCUCGUCUUCGUGUAAUAAUACCACAAGGUGUUAGCUCCUCCAUACUUCGUGGAGCAGUACUUUUUGGUCUUGAUCCAUCCAUUAUUUCGGUUCGUCGAUCCAAAAUGACCUAUGGUAUUGGUAUUCUUAAUCGUUUUAUCCACGGAUAUCAUCCACUAUCUAAACUUGUUGUUCGAGAUGGAGUUGAAUGGUGUUCAGAUAUAUUUGAUAAAUUUGUUCUUACCGAUCAAUCAAUUUCGUCUGGUGAUAUUGUUACUCGAAGCUAUACUCCUGCCAAAAAUGGUCAAAAAUUUACCGUUCUCAAUAUUUAUUGUUCUGAGCGUGAUGACGUUAGAUUUAUCACCGAUGAAGGUGUCUAUCGUUGUGGUACUUUAGUAUUGGAUUUAGAUGAUUUAAAUGGCUACCCUGACAGUGAUGGUAUAAAUUCAAAAGUGGAUAAAAUUAAUGGAAAGAAAAAUAUUAAAAAAAUUAACUCCAGCCAACCAUUAACUGAAGAUCAAAAGCAAAGAAUCAAUGGAAAGUUAAAAUCAGGUUCAUCAAAUGAUGAUGGUAACACUGCUGACGAUGACAACAGUGACAAUGAUAAUAAUCAUGAAUCUCGUAAAAAGAAGAAGGAAUCCGAUUCACCCUCAACAACACCACCACCAGUUCCUCCACCAUUGCCACCGCCAUCAUUAGACUCUAGUAUAAAAAAUCGUGGACGUGAGAUCCAAACCAACAUGAUUUUUGGUGAUACAGAGAUCAAAGUGACAGCCAUUGAUGUACAAUCAGGACGAAAAGUUAGAGCAGAAAUAGAUUUUCUCAGUCAAUGAUUAAUUUGCAGUGCAUCUUCGUUGCCGUUAUUAUCUGCAUCAAAAUGUCAUCUUAAUCUGAUAUUCAAAUCGUUUGUUUUCCAGCAACUUUGUUCCAAGACGUGCCAAAACGCGAAUCAAUGAUAUAAUAUUCAAAAAACGUUUUUCAUCCUAUUUUAUCACCAUCUUAUCUUUGAUUUAAAAUUUUGUAAAAAGCAUUAAAUUUUAAAAAAUAUAUAAAUAAAUAUUGUUAAAACUGAAUCCUAAUGCGGUUAAACAAUUUGAAAUGUUGCAAAAUUCAAGUGAUUAUUAUCGUAAUAAACUCGGUAGUCAAGAUAAUUGAUUCCUAACUUAAGCUUCGAGCUUGAAUUGCACCGUUUCUUUUCGAUAUCUCGCCUUGGUAAACAAUGGAGAAAUGAACUUGAAAUCGCUGAAUAGUACCAAGUUGCACUAAUUAAUAUUCGAUCUUGUAUUUUUUGUUUUAGUUUUGUUUCUUUUAUUAUUAAUCAUUUUUUUUUUGUUUUCAAACCUCCAUCAAUCCAAUUGAAAGCUAAUAUGAUAGAUACAAGUUGGUAAGGCUAGUUGGUUUAAUAAACAACCAACUACACCUAUCUUUUGUCUUUGUAAAUAUUUAUUGUUACAUAAAGUGUCUUCCGUGAUGUUAUUAUUUUUUUUGUCUUCAUUUUUUUCAAAAUCUGUUUUGAGUUUUUAUUGAUUUGUUUGAUAAAUUUUCUUGAUCAAUCAUCACCAUCUCUCCCAAUUAGGUUGAUUAACCCUUGUAAAAGUGUUUGUUGUUAAAUUUGGAAUUAAAUAUAUAUUCAAGUGUAAAUGUAAGUGUAAAUGUGCAUUGUCUUUUAAAUCCAACAUUAUCAUCCUUUUCUCUCUCUUUUCCCUCUCAAUUAAAUGAAUCAACCUUUUGUUCCUUUCUUCUUUUAUUAUUAACUUCACCUUAUGUUUCUUUUCGCAAUUCUCAAUUUAAUUGUUGUCUUUGUAGUAGUUAUUGAU